AUCUUCGGUGGUUUAAUUUAAAAAAAAAAUGAAUAAAGAAAAACGAAAUGUGAAGCGUCCAUCUCAUAGCAGUUGUUCCCGCCACAACAGCACAAGAACUCAGCAGUAAUGGCGGCUCCUUCCAAAACCCUAAUGGAUUUCUUCCAGCAACCGUCGGCGAAGCGCCUCAAAAGAGUCUCGUCGCCGCCCCGAAGCCCCCUCUCGUCACUGAACGACUCCGCUGCUUCCUCCUUGUCAACAACAACCAUUUCCUUGGAGCAGAAGCGGAGAAUGGAAUUCAACAAAGCCCUCGCCUUGUCCAAGAGAAACCUAAAACUGUGCUCUGAGAAAGUCUCUAAAGCAAUUGCUGCAGGAGUUGGGUAUGUAAAGUUAGAGGAGCUAUUGGUAGAGGAAUCAUGGUUGGAAGUGCUCUCUGGAGAGCUGCAGAAGCCUUAUGCACUGAAGCUGAGUGAAUUUGUGGAGAGUGAAAUAUGCCAUGGCAGCACGCCAAUCUACCCUCCUCAGCAUCUGAUUUUCAAUGCACUUAAUACAACUCCAUUUGAUUGGGUUAAGGCAGUUAUUAUUGGACAGGACCCAUAUCAUGGGCCAGGUCAGGCAAUGGGCCUCUCUUUCUCAGUUCCGGAUGGCAUCAAAGUCCCUUCAAGUCUUGCAAACAUAUAUAAAGAGCUUCAACAAGAUGUGGGAUGUACGAUUCCAUCUAAUGGGAAUCUGGAAAAAUGGGCAGUACAGGGUGUUCUCCUUCUAAAUGCUGUACUCACGGUUAGACAACAUCAAGCAAAUUCUCAUGCUAAAAGAGGGUGGGAGCAGUUCACUGAUGCUGUAAUUGGAGCAAUUUCUCAGAAAAGAAAAGGAGUUGUUUUUCUUCUUUGGGGAAACUACGCACAAGCCAAAUCCCGGUUGAUAGAUGAAUCAAAGCACUAUGUUCUCAGAUCAGCACAUCCUUCUGGUUUAUCUGCAAACAGGGGCUUCUUUGGAUGCAGGCACUUUUCUCGGACAAACCAGAUCCUGGAGAAAUUGGGAAUAUCUCCAAUAGAAUGGCAGUUGUAGUGCGGCUGAGGACUAUUCCCCUAUUUUGUCAUUCCAGGGGCAAGUCGAUGUUAUAUAUAAAGUUAUCAACUAACAAAAACGCGUGUUUUAUUUGUGGCACACUCUAUGUAUAUAUAAUCUUUUUUAAUAUUUUUAAAAAUACUAAA